AUGCCUUCACUUUUAUUUCCGACUGUUUGGUUAAUUUCUGGGUUUAUAAACGUAAAUAGUAUUAUUUGUAUUUAAUAUAAUGUAUCGUGAUAUAAUCGGCACGUGCAUAGAUUGAUGAACUGAUCAAAAAUCUUACGCGCUGCAAUGACUCGUCUGUCCACUGUGUGUCGGGCAGCGCUAGAAAGCUGAUUUAUCGUCGCUGUAAACUCAACUGUGUGGUCUGGGAGGGCAGAUGGCACUCUUUCUGAGAUCUGAUGGGUUGCUGGCAAGCAUUUCCGUAGUGUAGUUUUUAAUGCAUCAUGACAGAGGCUCCGCUGCCUGACUCGUCUGUCCUAAUUUCAAGCUAGACAAGCUAAAGCCAGACAUACAUUAUUUCACACACAGCAGGCAGUGCAGACGCAUGCACACAUUUAACUCCUCCGAAUGCGCGUCCUCUUCUGGAAUGAGAUCCGCUUUCAGUGAUAAAACACUUUUAAACGGAUUCGAUUAUCAUGUCAAAGCGGUGCAUGCUUUAAAUUUAUCCGUGUGGACGAUUCUGGGUCGAUAAUACAUGGUAAUACCAACGUUCCCGGAGACAAGGAUGUCGAAACGGCUGCGAAAUAGCGAAGUUUGUGCGGACUGCAGCAAUUCGGAUCCUCGCUGGGCGUCUGUGAACAGAGGAGUUCUGAUAUGUGAUGAGUGCUGCGGUGUUCACCGCAGUCUGGGUCGCCACAACUCACAAGUGCGGCAUUUGUCAAACACACCCUGGCCACCCACCCAGCUACAGAUGGUUCAGACGUUAUACAACAAUGGUGCUAAUGCAAUAUGGGAGCACACUCUGCUGGACCCGUCAUCCAUCACGAGCGGGAAACGCAAACCCAAUCCUCAGGAUAAAGUCCACCCUAACAAAACAGAGUUUAUAAAAUCAAAGUAUCAAAUGCUGGCUUUCGUCCAUCGUUUACCCUGUCGAGAUGACGACAGUACAGCAGCUGCUGAUCUAAGCAAGCAACUUCACUCCAGUGUUAGAACCGGCAAUCUUGAGACUUGCUUGCGGUUACUGUCGCUUGGGGCUCAGGCCAACUACUUCCACCCGGAGAAAGGGAACACCCCGCUGCACAUAGCAGCUAAAGCAGGCCAAGUGUGCCAGGCUGAGCUUCUCUGUGUUUAUGGGGCAGACCCUGGUGCUCCAGACUCCAACGGCAAAACGCCCAUCCACUAUGCAAGGCAAGCUGGCCAUCAGGACCUGGCAGACAGAUUGGUGGAAAUACAGUAUGAGCUCACAGACAGGCUGGCCUUCUAUCUCUGUGGGCGGAAACCUGACCACAAGAAUAGACAGCAUUUCAUUAUACCGCAGAUGGCGGAUAGAAGUCUGGAGUUAACGGAGUUUGCAAAAGCUGCAAAAAGAAAACUACAGUCUCUCAGUGAUCAUCUGUUUGAGGAGCUGGCGAUGGAUGUGUACGAUGAAGUGGAUCGAAGAGAGACGGAUGCAGUUUGGCUGGCCACUCAGAACCACAGCACCUUGGUAACGGAGACAACAGUUGUGCCUUUCCUUCCUGUAAACCCAGAGUACUCAUCAACACGAAACCAGGGAAGACAAAAGCUGGCAAGGUUUAACGCUCACGAAUUUGCCACACUUGUGAUUGAUAUUCUAAGUGAUGCAAAGCGACGCCAGCUGGGGAAUUCAGUCUCAAGUCCUAAAGACAAUGUUGAAGUAUUCUUCAAAAGCAUGGGUAGUCGUCACGGAAGUGAAAGCCAGGAAAUCGACCAGCCAGACUAUGACAGUGUGGCGUCCGAUGAGGACACGGACACUGAUUUACGAGUGGGCAAAGCAGAUAGAGCUAAGAGUCUGGACUCUGAUCAGUCCGAUGGACCGAUUUCUGUGCAGGAGUUCCUGGAGGUGAAAAAUGCCCUUUCAGCCUCGGAGGCCAAAAUUCAGGAAUUGAUGAAGGCCAACAGUAAUCUGAGUGAGGAGCUGAGAUUGAUGCAGAAAAAGCUGCAGUCUCUGCAAAGCGAGAACAGCUCUCUCAGGCGGCAGGUCUCCACUCAACAGCCCUAUCAGGCCCCUGGCGGCCCUGACCACCCUAAUCCCUCCAGUCCCUCCUCCUCUUCCUCCUCUUCCUCCUCCUCUGCCCUGAAACGGCACCUGUCUGCACGGGCGAGCCGCCCCAUGUCUAUGUAUGAAACCGGCUCUGGUCUGAAGCCCUUUCUCCCCAAGGGAGAGACUCCUUAUCCUGAGGAGACCUUCCCCACCCUGCAACCCUUCCCAACCUAUGCCUCCAGAUUUGACAAGCAGAGCAGUGUGUCCGAUGGUGACUAUGAUAACACGGUUAACGAAUCUGAUCUGGACGACUCUGGCUUUGGCCGAAGAUUUCGUCUGCGCAGCAGCGGCUGGAUGGGAGAGAGCGGCUCUAUACCUGAGCUGGAUGAUCACGAGUGUGAGCCUGACCCCAGUCUGCCCAGCACUGAAGACGUCAUCCGUAAAACUGAGCAAAUCACCAAGAACAUCCAGGAACUGCUGAGGGCUGCGCAGGAGAACAAGCAUGAGAGUGCACCAUGUGAGCAGAGGGAGAGUGUCCGCAGACUUAGACACAGUCUGGGUUGUUUCAGCACACUGGUGCCUUGGGCAGACAAACCCCCGUCUCCCAUGCAGUCCCUCGGCCUAAGAGCUCCCCACCCAGCCAACCCCAACAACCCUGCCUCCUGCUUUAUACCCUGCGCAGAAAGAAUACAUGUGGCUGUGAAUGAAAUGGCUGCCCUGUUCCCCAAGAGACCACGCUCCGAGACAGUGAGGAGCUCUUUGCGAUUGUUAACGUCCAGCGCAAACCGGCUGCAGAAUGAGUGUAAGAAAGCGUCUCCUCUGGAGAGCAGCCCUGCAGCCGAUGUGCAGUUGGUCACCCAGCAGGUCAUCCAGUGCGCUUAUGAUAUCGCCAAGGCUGCGAAGCAACUUGUUACCAUAACCACCAAAGAGAACAACUGAUCCUGCUUCCACCCAUUUCCACCUGUAAUGCAACCCUGGUGUUUUUAUCAGUAAUUAUUAGGUAUGUCACAUGAGGUUUUUUGUUUUUUUUACUUUUUUAUCUAAGGUGUAUUUGCAUGUUUUUAUUUUUAAUUUAAGGUGUCUGUUGUCAGUGUUGUUUGGCUUGAAGCCAUAAGAUUAAGCCUGAAAUGCUCUCAAGGGUUGUGUAAGGAUGUGUAUAUGUGUGGACCUGUGAAAGUGUAUUUGACUAGACGGCAGUUGAGAUGUUGUGGAUUGAGAAGGAUUUGAGCAGAAAUGAAUCAGCAAUAGAGCAGCCAAUCACUUACUAAAUAUUCAGUAAAUGCCUGACUCUUUGCACUAUUCUGAAAACUUUGACUACUUUUACCUCUUCAUAUUCAAACAUUUAGUACAUUUUUUUGUGGUUGUCUGUGUUGUUUUUGAAUUGUUAAAAUUCAAGCUUUUUUCAAUUAUCUUAGUUAAAUAUAUAAUGUAUAAUAAUAGUAAAAAAAAACUAUUGUACAAAACAUUCAGUUAAUGUGGUCAGGUAGACCAAGUUUAGGUACAGAUACAAUAAACUUGUAAUUAUAAAGAUGUCAAAUUAAGUAUGAAUUAAAAAAGAUCAUAUUUCAUUUCAUACCCAAGGUAAAUGCCUUUUUCUCGUUUGGAUAAAUCAGGUGGCUAUUAUUCAGAUUUACAGUGUGCAUUAGGGGUCAACCAAUUAUCGCCGUCGAUAUUAAGCAUUUGUAUGGUUAUCGGUCAUUUUCAAAACUGAUUUGCCGAUAAAAUAAUUUAAAAGCAUUUAAAGAGAGUUUUUGUCGGAGCCCUUAUUAUUCUUAAAUUUGACAUUAAUUUUCAUUUUUACACCAGACAUAUAUAUUGGCUCAAAAUAUUGGUUAUCUGUCUACUUGAUCAGUAAUAAUAGAUAUCGGCAUCGGCCCUGAAAAACACACAUUGGUCGACCCCUAGUGUGCAUUAAAAAAAAAUAAAUAAAUAAAGUGAGGAAAUGUUAAUUAACCUUAACCUCAUAUUUCAUCAGUUAUUUGGAGGUCAAAGUACAGUAUUUAAUUACACCUUCUUCUUUUUUUUUAAUACACUGCAGAUGAACAAUCUCCACCAGCAGAUACCGAUACUGUGUUUGUGAUGGUUUAGAUGCCUUUUUGGUUUUUUUAGAUAGUUCCUCAUAUUGUACAUUCAGUUCAGUGUUUUGGGCAGCUCUUAACUUCGCAGCUCUUUUUAUUUCCUCUCUAAGUAUUUUAGUCUAGCCUGAUCAGGUUAGUCUUACCAAACAGUUGUGCAGUGGACUGGUAGCUCAGUGUUAAAAUUCCCCUUGUUUGAGUGUUUGUAGUUGUUUAGAUGAACUGGCCUUCCACUCAUUAAUAUUAUUGCUAUGCCUGUGGUUAAAAAGAAAAUGUUUAUUUUUUAAAUAAACUUAAUUUAUAAUUUUGAGCUUCAAUUGUUGCUCCAGUGUUUUUGUUAAUAUCACAAACUGAGCCAUAUAUGAAUAAAGUGAAAAAUAAAAGACCUAAACCUCAUCCCAAAUUAUUUCUACUUAUGCUUGUUCUUUUUAUGUUCAUGUUUUGAAUGCCAAAAUGCAUUCUCUUAUCUAGGGGUGGGCGAUAUAUCUGUAGAGAUUUUGUCCUAUAGUCUUUUUAAGCAUUGUGGUUUAAAAACAAGUGAUUUUAUCUAAGGUGUAUUUGCAUGUUUUUAUUUUUAAUUUAAGGUGUCUGUUGUCAGUGUUGUUUGACUUGAAGCCAUAAGAUUAAGCCUGAAAUGCUCUCAAGGGUUGUGUAAGGAUGUGUAUAUGUGUGGACCUGUGAAAGUGUAUUUGACUAGACGGCAGUUGAGAUGUUGUGGAUUGAGAAGGAUUUGAGCAGAAAUGAAUCAGCAAUAGAGCAGCCAAUCACUUACUAAAUAUUCAGUAAAUGCCUGACUCUUUGCACUAUUCUGAAAACUUUGACUACUUUUACCUCUUCAUAUUCAAACAUUUAGUACAUUUUUUUGUGGUUGUCUGUGUUUUUGAAUUGUUAAAAUCCAAGCUUUUUUCAAUUAUCUUAGUUAAAUAUAUAAUGUAUAAUAAUAGUAAAAAAAACUAUUGUACAAAACAUUGUUAAUGUGGUCAGGUAGACCUAGUUUAGGUACAGAUAUAAUAAACUUGUAAUUAUAAAGAUGUCAAAUUAAGUAUGAAUUAAAAAAGAUCAUAUUUCAUUUCAUGCCCAAGGUAAAUGCCUUUUUCUCGUUUGGAUAAAUCAGGUGGCUAUUAUUCAGAUUUACAGUGUGCAUUAGGGGUCGACCAAUUAUCGCCGUCGAUAUUAAGCAUUUUUAUGGUUAUCGGUCAUUUUCAAAACUGAUUUGCCGAUAAAAUAAUUUAAAAGCAUUUAAAGAGAGUUUUUGUCGGUGGGCGAUAUAUCGGUAGAGAUUUUGUCCUAUAGUCUUUUUAAGCAUUGUGGUUUAAAAACAAGUGAUUUUAAGCCAUUGAAACACAAUCAGCAGCGAAAGAAAACUCAGAGAGGCAGGUGGUCAUUCAGUGCGGGAGUUAUUUUUUGCCGCUUUAUAGGGCUUAACCGGUUAAAUACACACACUCGCGUCAAAAUGCCCAUCUUUACAAGUAUCCUUGCAAAUACAGUAAUUUAGGUCUUAAGUGAAAGCAAACAGCUGAGAAAGAAAACAAAUGUGCAACAGCAUAUUGGAUCCGGCAGCUCUUAAAGUGACAGCGGUCUAAUAUUCCUGCUGUCUGUCAUUCAUGUUAAUCAAACAACAAAAAGAGAGAAAAUCUCGAAUAAAGAAGAAAUAUGUAUUUAAUUUACACC